AUGAGCACCAAGAAAGCGUCUCUCUUCUCUAUUAUAAUCUUCAGCAGAGAAAAAGAGGAUGUGCAAAUGUAUCUGGAGGAAUACUCCCUCCAGUCGUUCAGCUUCUUCAAGAGAACGCCCGUGCAGGAGAUGAUACGGUUUAUAUCUAACAGAAUAGUGCAGAACAUAGAGACAGAGCGCUCGCAGGAGUUUAUACACAAAGUAGAAGAAGGAGACAGCUACAAGUUUUUUGUACGAGAAAAAAGAGGAUACGUCUAUGUGAUAACCUCUCUCCUUGAAUAUCCCAUCCCCACCCUCUGUCUCCUGAUAGAUGACAUUGUAAAGUACAUUCAAGACAACAAGCUGAAGUGCCCCGAGCUGUCUCACGAGAUAUUUAAUGAAGGAAAAGAAGAGAAAGAGCGCGGAAAAGAGGAAAAACAAAAACUGAAGGCAUUUGUAAAACAGCAGAUAAAAGACUACCAGAACUACGAAGAAAAAGACGUAAUGCUGCAGAUACAGAACGAGCUCGAUGAUGUGCACGAUUUACUGUCAAAAACGGUAGAAAGCGCCAUUGGAAGAGGCCAGAAGCUGCACGAUCUGAUAAACUCAGCAGAGCAGCUGUCCUUCCAGACAAAAAGUCUGUACAAACUCAGCAAAAAACAGAACCAGAAGUGCUGCGGCAUAAUGUAG